AUGGAGAACGUAUCACCGGCUGGGGAUGCACCCAAGGAGACAGCAGAGCAGACAAAGCCCACCGCACCGGUCGAUGUCGCGCCGCAGACACAGACCGAGGCACAGCCCGACACCAAAGCUGAGACACCAAAGCCAGCAGUAGACGACGACGAAGACUCGGAUUUCGACGAGCUAGACGACGUCCUAGACGACUUUUCCAAGCCCAAACCAGCUCCCGCUCCCGCUCCCGCACCAGCGGCAACCUCCGAUGCAUCAGCGUCAACGGGCGUCACUCCGGCAGACUUCGACGAAGAUGCCUUCUUGAAACAACUCGAAGCGGACAUGGCCAGUAUGAUGGGCGGAGGCGAGCCAUCCCCAGGCGCAGGAGGCAACCCCGCAGAUUUCCAAGGAACAGUCGACCAAGGCGCCGACAUCUUCGCCAAACAACUUGAAGAAAGUGGGAUCCCCCCGGGUGAUUUCCUGAAGCAGUUGCUUGCGGAUGUGAUGGCCGAGGAGGGUGGUGGUGGUGCAUCAGCUGAAGGACUCGCCGCUGCGGCUGCAGCCGCAGGACUCGGUGGACCUGCACCUGGAUCUGGAUCUGGAUCUGGAUCUAGUCAAACAAACAAGUCAUCGCCAGCUGCAGGCGCAGAAAACACCGACGGACCAGCCGAAUCCUUCAACGACGCCAUCAAGCGAACAAUGGGCCGAAUGAAGGAGUCAGGCGAAAAAGCCACCGCAGCUGCUAGUAACGAAGACGACAUGUCGGAUGAUAUGCUAGCGCAACUCCUUAAGGCGGUUGAGGCCGGCGCAGCGGGCGCAGGCGACGAAGGCGAUUUGUCGAAGAUGUUUAUGGGGAUGAUGGAGCAGCUUUCUAAUAAGGAAAUGCUGUACGAGCCGAUGAAGGAGCUUGAUGGGAAGUUUGGGCCUUGGCUUGUCAAGAGUAAAGCCGAGGGAAAGGUUUCUGAGGAGGAUAUGGGGAGGUAUGAGACUCAGGCUAAAGUUGUUAAGCAGAUUGUGGGGAAGUUUGAGGAGAGUGGCUAUUCGGAUGAAGAUCCAAAGUGUCGCGAGUAUGUUUGGGAGAGGAUGCAGGAGAUGCAAGCUGCUGGUAGUCCGCCUGAAGAACUGGUCUCCAACCCUCUUAUGGAGGAUCUGGGUGGGCUUGGUGCUGGUGCUGCCGGGGCUCCUGGCAUGCCAGAUUGUCCGCAGCAGUGA